CGGCGCCAAAUGUUCUUGAUUAUGUCAUCCUAUGUGGCCUGAUGUCAUCUCACGUGCUAACUGUCACGUGGUUUGGAGCUCGAUUGUUACGGCAUACCUACUCCGUGAACAUAGUUGCAAAGUGCAUCUGUUGUUAGCCUGUUGUCCUCUUCCUGGGCUUCAUUCUUGCCAGUUCCCUUUGAUUCUGCCCGAGAGAUGUCCGGUCCGGUCUACUCUAACAUUAGCCGGAAUGGGGUUUCGCGUUACGACAUGGAACGUCAACGGUAUUAGGUGGGUAUAUAUAUAUAUUUCCUACUGAAGCUUGAGCAUGCAGAUUUGCUGAACCAUUUCUUAGGAACCCGUUUUCAUAUGAGCCAUGGAGAGGAAACCGAACAUUCGAGGUAGGGAACUCGCUAGGUUAUCUUCUGUUGUGUGUGGUCUCUGACUAACAGGGAGGUAUUAGUCUAUGUUUGAUAUUCUCGAGGCGGAUAUUGUUGUAUUCCAAGAGACUAAGAUACAGCGGAAGGAUCUCCGAGAUGAUAUGGUCCUAGUUCCCGGGUGGGAUUGCUAUUUCAGUUUACCUAGGGUUAAAAAGGGUUUGCUAUUUGAUGUCCCCACUAUAUUGGUAUUUAUGUGCCGAAAUAACGUUGUAAAGGAUAUUCUGGCGUUGUCAUCUACACGCGCAAUGCGACAUGCGCUCCUAUCCGUGCGGAAGAGGGUCUUACGGGAGUGCUCUGUCCGCCGAACUCAUCGGUCUCUUUCCGAGAUCUCCCCGAGGAGCAACAGAUUGGUGGCUAUCCGACACUAGAGCAGCUGUCAGGUCUUGAACUUGAUACUGCAACUCUCGAUUCGGAAGGUCGUUCUGUCAUUCUCGAGUUCCCGGCGUUUGUCCUCCUAGGGGUGUAUUGUCCUGCUAACCGGGACGAGAGCCGCGACUGUUUUCGUUUGAGCUUUCUCGAUGUGCUUGAUUUUCGCAUUCGAAACCUUCUUUCUAUGGGGAAGAGAGUAUUCGUGACGGGCGAUCUGAACAUCUCGAGGGGUGAAAUCGACUCGGCUCAUGCCGCCGAGACCAUCCGUAAAGGAACGGUUACGGAAGAUGAAUUUGUGUCUGCACCGGCACGGCGUCUUUUCAACCAGCUACUGACCGAUGGGAAGGUUAUUGGUGAACGUGAUGAGGCCAGGGGACAGCCGGUUCUCCAUGACAUUUGUAGAUCAUUCCACCCUAGUCGUAGGGGCAUGUACACUUGCUGGGAACAAAGGAUAAAUGCUCGGCCUGGAAAUUACGGCUCAAGAAUAGAUUACGUGCUGUGCAGUCUGGUUAUGAAAGACUGGUUUUCCGAUUCGAACAUACAAGAAGGUCUUAUGGGAUCCGAUCACUGUCCUGUUUACGCCGUGUUUAAUGACUGGGUUACUCUCAAUGGGGAUUCUGUUAACAUUCGAGACAUCAUGAACCCUCCUGGCAUGUUUGAGAAGGGCGAGCGGAAACGGGAAUACACGAUGAAAGAUCUUUUGCCGUUGUCUGGACGGUUGAUACCCGAGUUUGAUCGUCGGAGGAGUAUCAAGGAUAUGUUCUCUCGUAGACCUGCUGGCUCUUCACAGAAAUCACUGCUCGUGGUCGGGAGCUCUUCGACACCAGAUGCAGGACCACACACAGCUGUCAAUGGAGCAGCCAGCAACAAGCCUCUUCCUUCUAGCUACAGAAAUAAAACCACCGCGGAUAACACUCGAAAGCGACCCCAGCCAUCCGACUCGCGCCCGUCUACUGCACCAAAGCGUUCGAAAUCAGCAACUAAAGCUACUGCCGUAACAUCGCUCGCGGGCCAACGAACUUUGAAAGGGUUCUUCAGGACGAAUAACAAUACAGUCGGAAGCGCGGACAGGGACGACAAUGAGAGUCCUACGAAAACUGCAGAUCAGCGAAUGGCCGAAGCGACGGGCCUGGCCACAUCUAGCUGCUCGGGAUCGAAAGAUGGAGAUACUUCCACAAGACAACCGAACGCGACAGACGACCAAGCUUUUGUCCUCUUUACAGAAGGAAAACCAGUCAUCGAUCGUGUAGCCAGCAGAGAAGAUUGGAGCAAACUAUUUAGCAAAAAGCCCACGCCCAAGUGCGAGGGACAUCAGGAGCCAUGCAUCAGCCUCACGACGAAGAAGCCCGGCAUCAACUGCGGACGGUCGUUUUGGAUAUGCCCGCGACCUCUGGGACCUAGCGGCAAUAAGGAGAAGGGUACGCAGUGGCGCUGUUCGACGUUCAUCUGGGCCAGCGAUUGGAAUUCUUCCUCGUAGUAGCCUUGCUAUACUACACCUUGUACUGGUUUACUUUCCUGCUGCAUUUACUAGACCAAUAAUGAUACCCUGUUAUUUGCAUCUGGGAUUGCGAGAGACAUGGCAUAGCCCGUAGUCUGAAGUCUUACUGUCCUGUCCUGUCUUUCUCUCCUUCAGGUAAAUACCUAGCAGGCAGACAAGCAUUCAAUUCAUCGCAGUGAAAG